UUCUGAACUGUACUUUUGCUCUGCUUUAUGCUCUUAGAUGCUUGUUUAAGAAAUGAGAUGCACUUAUGACUUCUGGUGACUAGUAGUUCUCUUGAAUCCCUAUGUUGAAUACACUUAUUAUAAGUCUCUUUGGAUAAAAAGCGUCUUCUAAAUAGACUGUAAUGUAAUGUAAUAUAAUAUAUAGUUAAUUCAAAAAGCUCAUUUGUGCACUGUCAGUACUGUCAGACACCACUGACAGUGAGCAGCACAGCCCUAACCCUGCAGCCCUUUGUUGUUGUUCUCACGCUAAUGUGCGAGAUCCGUAGACCCGGCUCUGCUGCGCGGUCACAUUCCGCCCCGACUUCCCCUCCGCCAGCGGCCUGGUGGUUUGAGAUGAGUAGAAGAUGUCGGUUUCGGGGCUGAAGGCCGAAUUGAAGUUUUUGGAGUCGAUUUUUGACCCGAAUCACGAGCGAUUCAGAAUCAUAGACUGGAAACCGGACGAGCUCAGCUGCCAAUUCAACGUAACCGGAGAGAAGCUGCUGAUCAUUCACUGCAACAUCACGGAAUCUUAUCCCUCAACACCCCCAAUAUGGUUUGUUGACUCCGAUGAUCCCAGUCUGGCCGAAGUGUUGGAGCGCUUAGAGGAUGUCAGAAAAGGCAGCACAUUGCUCCUUCAGCAGUUGAAGCGCCUCAUUUGUGAUCUCUGUCGGCUUUACAACCUGCCACAACAUCCAGAUGUAGAAAUGCUCGACCAGCCUCUACCCGCUGGCCCGAUUACCCAAGAGCGAAAGCAUGGGCCGUCAGAUGAGGUGACCUCUGAGGAGGAAGAAGAGGAAGAAAUGGGAGAGCAGGACAUUGACCUGGACCAGGACCUGGACCAUUACGACAUGAAAGAAGAGGAGCCCGUUGAUGGGAAAAAGUCAGAAGAUGACGGGAUUGAAAAAGAAAAUCUGGCCAUCUUGGAGAAGAUUCGUAAAAACCAGAGGCAGGAUCACUUGAAUAUGCAGGGUGCAGUGUCUGGCUCUGUGCAAGCCUCAGACCGCCUAAUGAAGGAACUCAGGGAGAUCUACAGAUCACAGAGUUACAAGACAGGUAUUUAUUCAUGUGAACUAGUCAGUGACAGCCUUUAUGAAUGGCAUGUCAAGUUAAGGAUGGUAGACCCAGAUAGUCCUUUACAUAGUGACUUGCAGGUCUUAAAAGAAAAAGAAGGAGUGGACUACAUUCUGCUCAAUUUCUCUUAUAAAGAUAAUUUCCCUUUUGACCCACCUUUUGUACGGGUUGUCUCACCUGUGCUCUCCGGAGGUUACGUUCUAGGAGGAGGGGCCUUGUGCAUGGAGCUUCUCACAAAACAGGGCUGGAGCAGUGCCUAUUCCAUAGAAUCUGUCAUUAUGCAGAUAAAUGCAACUUUGGUUAAAGGAAAAGCCAGGGUGCAGUUUGGAGCCAAUAAGAACCAGUACAAUCUUGCCAGAGCACAACAGUCGUACAAAUCCCUUGUGCAGAUACAUGAAAAGAAUGGCUGGUACACACCACCUAAAGAGGAUGGAUAAGGAGCUACUACCACUAUGCACUGGGAACAUGUCUUUGGGUCAAAGUAUCUUGUUUUCUUUGGAAUAUAUCCCCC